UGUGUGUGUGAGAGAGAGAGCUGUAGCUGACAUGAAGCACGCUGUACGUCGACUGAGAGGGACUGAAGUGAACGCACGACGGAGUAUCUUAAGGAGCGCGGUUUCAUUCGAUCUCGUUCACUGACGAUUAAAGGAUGUUCAGAAUACAAGGAAUGCAUCCAGGGUAAAUGAACCUGACAGCCCUACAGGAGCAACCUAUGCCUAAUUUUGCUUUCACCAUGGAGGUUAAUGCAACUGCAGAGAGACUGACCGAAAUGACAUGUACAACUUCCACUCCACCCUCAGUUUCUGUCUUUCUGAAGCCAGGCAAAGUUGAUGAUUGUAGCAACAACCAGACUCUUUCAAUAAGCAAGCAGACAGGCCUUCCUGUUGCCUUCCCUCUUGUGAAAUCCAGCAACAACUCUACGAAGAGCAGUUAUACAAGCAGUAAUAUUAUAGCAACUCUGGAAAAUGAAUCUGUUUGGAGUAGAUUUCACUGCUUGGGCACAGAGAUGAUUCUCACAAAGCAAGGCAGGCGCAUGUUUCCCUGCUGCCGCUUUAGACUGAGUGGAUUGGAUCUAGAGAGGAAGUACACACUGGUUAUGGAUAUUAUGCCAUUAGAUGCCUUUACUCACAAAUGGAAUGGAAAGACUUGGGAACCUGCUGCUGUGGGUGAGCCACCUGUGCGUGCCAGAGUUUGUGUUCACCCAGAGUCCCCAGCCUUCGGUCAUCAAUGGAUGGAGAGCCCAGUGUCCUUUUACAAGGUGAAGCUAACCUGUAUCUCCACGGACCAAGAUGGUUGUGUAUUUUUGUACCCGAUGCACCGUUACCAGCCACGUCUUCAUGUUGUUCCUGUAGAUCCAGACUCAAAAGCGUCUACUACACUUGACAGUCCAAAUGUUCAGACAUUUACCUUCCCUAAAACAGAGUUCUAUGCAGUCACAAGCUACCAGAACCCACAGAUCACCCAGCUUAAAAUCGACUGUAACCCUUUUGCCAUGGCCUUCCGUAAAGACAGCCAGAGCAUUCGUCUGCUUCAGGACAAACUCGGUCUUUGCUCUCCUGGAGGCACACAGUCACAGCCAUCUGGUUUGAAUUUGUCCAUCCAUAACAGUGAACAAAACAGAAAAGAGUGUACAUUAAAGGAUGCAACCUCACCCUGCACGAAAGACCACAGGGAAAGUCUUUCUCCAGGAUCAUCACCUGGUAAAGAAAGAGAGGGGAUAUUGAUAAAAAUGAAGAAUGCAGUCUCAGGUUACCUGAAUGGUGCUUUGUGCAAAGAGGAAAUUAAUUCCAAUGAGACCAAUGAAGACAAGGAAGUUGUCAAGCAAUCUUUGACACAACUUGCGCUGGAUGAGCACCUAGCACCUUUGGAUGUUGAGCCAAGUGUAACUGCGCCCAUACAAGAACCCUCACAAACCAUGAAUGGAUCUCCUGCAAGCUCAAACGUUGUCUCUAGGGAAGCAGUUCAUUCCCAGCUCGGCUAUGCACAUGGCAAAUCACCUACAGAAGCAGCAAUAUCUGCUCAGGUUUCUCAGGGGAGAAUGAAACCGAAAUUUUCUGCCUUACCCAAGCCACGUUUGCUUAAUACUAGCCAAGUGAACAGGCGUAACACAACUGCUCAUUUUAGGCGUAAGCCUUUUCGUAGGGCUAGGAAAGCCAGGUCUAAAUGGUGGUCUAGUGUAAGGUAUUCAAAACCCCCUCUAGUAAUCCCUCCUCCUGAUGUGUCCUUACAACCAGACCUUGAAGAUGUAGAAGGAAUGCUGUUUGUGUCUUUUGCUGCAAAGCAAGCCUUGGAUGUUCAUGUUCAGAACAUGAAGCCUGUAGAAACAUCACCGCUUCCACUGCCUGAAAAUCAGUCAGAUGUUCAUGCUGUUGAAGAUGUCAGUCUUUCUGUGGAGGAGAGAAUUUCUAAGUUGGAGAGCACAUUACUGCUUCAUCUGAAACAGCAGAAGCACAGACAAGUCAUCCACCCACUCCUACAGGAAGUUGGUAUGAAGUUAAGUCUUCUGGAUCCAACGGCAGCUAUAGACCUACAGUACCUUGGUGUGCGCUUGCCUUUCCCCCCACCUGUUCAUAAUAGUUUGAAUCAAAUGAACCCCGAAAGCAUCUCACCUUCCCAUGAUGGAGCAGGUUCUUUUGUGUCUCGAACUGGAAAAACAAAUGAUCCCACAAAAAUAAAAGGCUGGAGAGAUAAAUUUAGCACCAGUGCAGUACAGAGUGCUCCUGAAGGUCUGAGAAACCAUUCUGCCUUCUGCAGUGACAUGCUGGAUGAGUAUCUUGAAAACGAGGCCCAGCAGAUCAGUGAUCGUGUUGCUGUCUUUUCCAAGAGCUCUUCAACUCCUGUAUCAUACCAGCUGCCUUCCAGGAGCAGCAGUUAUGUGGUCACUCUGGAUAGUCUGCUUAAGACCCGAUCCACAUCAUUAAACAAGGUUUAUUCCAGCCAUGCAAACGUCCAGGCCAGACCUCUUCUUGGGAGGUCUCCAGAAAACUCUGUGUCGUUUUAUUCAGAAGGAUCCUCCUAUAGUAUGUUUGAAAAUAAAACAAAAAGCAGUAAUUUUGCACGUUCAUUUCAAAGCGAUCAAGCCAUCAGUUCUACUGGACCACUUCCUAGACUUGGCAGAAAGAACCAACUAAGCAGGCCUCAGCUGCGGUGGAGUUAUGGUAUGAUGCCUGCUAAAAGGCAGAUCCAUUUCAUGCUCCAGGACUUGGAGGAAGAGGCAUUCUUUAAUGGAAAAGUUCGUACACACAUCACCACUGAGAGAGCCAAUUUUGCUCUCAGUUCACUGGUCACUUCUCAGAAAUCUGUGAAGAGGACUAAAUUCAGCACUCUCCAUCAUAAGGGUGAAUGUUCUGAGGAGUUCUGUCGGUUGGGCUGCAUUUGUGAUAGCCUACAGAGGAAGAUUCGAGGGCCCACUCACUGCCGACGAGAGCAGUGCAUGUUUGACUGCAGCUGUUUCAAGCACAAAGUUCUUCUGAUCCACCCUCCAAAAGUGACUAAAAUUCAGCGGGGCAGGAAGAGAGCACUGAUGGCUUUCCCAAUCGCAGACCCAGAGAAGGGGGAUAGACCACCACCUGCUACAAGUGUCACCACCUUAUGGAAGUUGAGGAUGGAAGAAAAUGACUCUGAGCCUUUAUUUAUUCCAGAGCCAGCACCUUCCUUUAAAAAAGUACCUCGCUUGCGCACCUAUGUUCCACGCCCAACUCCUCAGAUGCGGGAAGAGGACAAAGAUCCUGUGUACCUGUAUUUUGAAAGCAAGAUGACAUGUGCCCGUGUAAGAGAGUACAACAGCAAUCCACCUCCUCAGGUGCACAUGUUACCCAACAAAAAAUUGACGCAGGACACUGAGAAACUUAAUCAUUGUUUUGAAGCUGGUGUCCCACCCACCGCUCAAAAAAUAGCAGAAAAAAGUACUUCAGGAGCUGGAGAACACCCAAAAGGUGCACCCUCUGCAGUGAAUACAGAUGCUCCAGAGCCGACUAAACUGCUGGAAAUUCUGUCAGAAUGUAACUGGGAGCCUCAUCGGAACUUGGUGCUGAGUUCGCUGUUCUGGCGCAUGAGCAAUAACCUCCUUUCUGAGCCUUUCUGCGUUGGCAUGUACAGAGUUCAGCUUCUAUCCACCACACUCAAAAGAGGAGACACAUGUUCUACAGUCACAUACAAGGUAUGUGUGUCACGGUCUCAGGAAAGAAAGGCAACCAGUGAACUACAACCGAUGGUGACGAAAAUGUUGAAAACUGAAGUUUCAAAAGCCAAGGAAACACGAACUAAGAAAGGAAAUUGUGUAGUAUCAGCACACAUUGUUCCCCAGAAAAAGAGCAGCCCAUUGACUGACAAGCGAAAUAGGCCACCCUGCAAGAAAAAGUCAAGGAUUUUCCCCUUGCUCACUCAUGCCCUUCCUGCUGGAUAUCUCAGAGCUGCCAAAAAGAAACGAGGAGGUCCUGCUCAUGGGCUAAUAAGGGUAAAUGGCAAAAUGUACAAUCAAGCAAAAUUGUUAUUAGGCCAGAUGGGAGCAUUACACCCCGCCAACCGCUUUGCAGCUUUUGUCACUGGCAGACUGUGGCCUAAACCUCCAGAUCAGCCUAAGGUCCUAGCUGAUGUACCCAAACCUUGUCUUGUCCAAGCCCCUGCUGAGCCCAAUACUGUACCCAAAGUGAUAAAUAUUUCACAGACCACUCCCCCACCUUCUUCCAGACCCCUUCCAGCCAUUGCCCCCAAGACUAAAGCAGUUUCCAAAAGGACAAGAUCAAAGCUAACUCCCUUGACUGCCCUUUCAAAGCUUGUAGAGCAGAGCACAUCUCUGAAGGAAGAUGUCUCUAUAAUCUCUACUGGUCAGUCACUUGAUACAACUCCUCUUUUGUCUGCUGGCACCAAAUUGGUUAAUGUGCCAGUUCCACCUUCCAGCUCUGAAGGUACACCUUCAGAAACUGCCACAACUGCUGCUCUCCCACCUGGGCAGCAAGUGGUCCUUCAGCAUUUACCAGGAGUGCCGGGGUCAAACUUCUUCUGUCAGUACAAUGGCCAAGUAAUCCAGCUAGUGCCCAUUGGCCAAGGGCCUACUGGUCAGCCUCAACCCUGUUUAAACAGUGAAGGUAGCAUUCCACAGGUUAUUCAGACUACUAACACAUGCCUGCCUAAAGAUGCCACAUCCAUGCAGAAGCCUUUGAGCACUACUAUUCAAUCAAAACCAUUGCCCAGGCCUUUUCCAGUCAUUGCACCUAAAAUCUUCUCCCUUUCAGGAAGUAGUGGCAUGAAUAUUGCCAGUGGAACCCCAGCUUUCAAUUUACAAUCUAGUUUUUCAGGUAAAACGGGAACGUUCUCCUUCCGGAUAUGCCCUCCUAGUGCUGAGGGCAAAGCUGGAUCACAGCAGGGUGCUAAACCUCCAGAUCAGCUUGUUGCUGCCCCUGCUGCUUUGGUACUUCCUGGAGGGUUUACGCUCAUAAAACUUCCUCUAGGCCCUAGUGUACCCCCUAUGCCUGCAGAUUCCACCACAACUACAUCUCUUCCUGCUGAAUUGCCACAGAAAGAUGAAUGCAAGGAGAAAGUGAUGUCACAGAGUUGUUCCCCAAAGACUGAACAGACAUGCCAGGUCUCAGAAAGCAAUACAAAGAAACUCAUUCCAGACACCUCAAACACUAACUCAACAGAUGCAGCUGGCUUAAACCAUGGCAAGUGUGUCCUGACUUCAGAAAGUGUUGCUGAAGAUAGGUUUAUGGAGAAAACCUUGGAUUCGGUAGAAACCAGUAGUAAAACAGGUUCUGGCAAAUAUGAUUGGGUACCUAAAGGAGCUGAGAUGGUACUCAAAAGUGAUGAUUGUGAAUCGGAACACGAAGAUAUGGAGGACUGGCCACCCAAAGGAGCGGAGCGAGUACUGUGGAUAGAGGAAGAUUCAACUGAUGAGGAGGAGAAAGAAGAUUUCAAUGAACAGCUGAAUAAUAAUGCUGGUACUUCAGUUAAAAGUCCAGCUGGCACAAAGGCCAAGAAUUUUAAGACCACAAGAGCGCUCCAAGACAUCUCUGAGGCUUCUCAGUCUAGUUCUAAUGCUGAACAAAAACACAUGAUUUCUACUCUCGUUGCGGAAGACAAAGAACUAGUCCAUGAUGAUUCCAACCACAGAAGGAACCAUGAACAAGAGCCAUGUCUUAAUGAUUCCUCAAAUGUAAUGAAAAAAGAGCCCAAUAAUAAACCAACACAAACAUUGUCCCCCAGCCGCUGUAACAGCAAGAAAGUUCUGCUUGAAGUAAAUGGUUACCCAACUCUCACUCAAACUGAACCCUGUGAAGACCCAACAGAGAAGGUCGCUGUUGUUAACCAACCUAACGUCUGUGAACAAGGUCUUGCCCCAAAAAACAGUUCUUCGAUUAUUAGUAAAACUGAAGGCACCAACAGCAUAACUCAGAUUCAUACACGUUCUAACCACUUGGAAAUUCAAGAACAAGGAAUUGUUCUUGGAAACUCUGGCCCAAAAAAGAUUUUACCAUUUAUUAAACAAACAACCAAUAUCCAAGCAACAGUAUCCAACCAUCCUGACCAGAAUAAACAAAAUUUGAACUCCAAUAGUUCAAAUAUUAUCCAUCACGAGGAAUUGUCUGGACAGAAACAGACAGAAUCAUCAAUCUCUACAUCCUCCAACACUAAUGCUGUAGAAUAUGACGAAGCUGACGAAGAUAAUUAUGUAGACAUUGAUGGUGAUGUCCCAUGCCCUUUAUUGGAGGGUCAGACACCAGCUAUAUCUACUCCACCAGCAGAACAUCUGCCAAAUGCAGCCUCAAAGAAAACUGAUCUAAGUGGUUUGCAUCUUCUCCCUAUUAUACAAAAAUCAUUUUCUCAGAAUAAUAAGGUCUUCAAAUUUAGUAAACAGUUGGUCAGUUCUAGUGGGAUACCCAGAACUGCUAAUCAGGUAGAGGAGGAAGAUGUACCUGAGAAGCAAAAGCUUUUGAAAAACAAGUGGCUCCAGUUUCAGAAGGCAGACCGAGGGCUAUAUGUUGAUGACGAGGAUGAUGUCACUCAGGGGCACUUAAGUGAUGAUGGGAAACCAGGUAAUGAUUCUGAUUCAGACAGCAGUGAGGGUUCAAGUAAUCAUGAGGACGACGAGGAGGACUCCAGUAGUGAUGAAGAUUCCAGUGAUGAUUCAGAAUCUACCAGUAACAGUGAAACAGAAGAAAGUUUCGGCACAUCUAGUAAGGAAGAUGAUGCUGUUGAUGUUGAGUCAUUUGAAGAAAAUCAAGAAAAGAAGAUUAUCAGCAAGAUGAAAGCUGAAGUCAGGCAUUACAGGAAAUCAAAACAAAGAAAAGCAAAGAGAGCAGAUAAGUUCAGAAAAAAGAUUAAUCAUAGACCUAACACUUGUGACAAAAUGGAGUCAGAAAAUGAGCUAGCAAAGCGGCUAACUCAUACUGAGAAGGAACGUGUGCGCCGAGGUGAAAUGCGACAGUCCUUUGCUUCACUGAAAACAGCACUGAACGUUGAGGAAAAAAUGAAGAUGUGCAAACAUGACAUACUCAUUCAGGCACGGCUCAUGAUUCGUGCUCUGGAGGUCCGGAACCAAACUUUAGAAGAGAGGAAAAAGGCAUUACUUCAGCGACAGUCUGCCUAUAUCAGUACAAUAGCACAGCUAUCUGGAAAGACAGAGGAAAUGGUCAAAAUGAAUUUCAAAGAAAACUGUGAGCAAGAAAAAUGUUGUGACAUCCAAAACCCAGUGCCAGCUUCAGUGACAAGUCCUGAAAUAAACACCAGACUGCUAGACGGUGAAGCGAAUCAGCUCCCACCUCGUCUUGGACAGUGGAAAUCUAAUAAUUGCUUGCGUCAAACAGCUAAGAAAUCCUCUGUGCAGCCUUCUGUAACUCCCUCAGUAAGAAAGAGAAGAAAAGUUCUUAGGACAGACGCCAUGGAAGACUGCAAGCAAGAAAAGUGGCUUGAUGUCCAAAACCCAAUACCAGCUUUGGCGUCAGCUCCACAAAUAAACCCCCGACGUCUAGACAGUGAAGGCAACCAACUCCCACCUCGUCUUGGGCUGUGGAAAUCUGUUAAUUAUAUACGAAAAAGAUCCAAGAAAUCCUGUCAACAGCCAUCCAUUACUACAGCAGCUGUGGAUGAGAGUUCAAACACUUGCAUGUCAAGUCCUGUGUCACAGGGCACCCAUGUGAUCGGACCCUUACCCUCAGAUAAAUCAGAGAACUUUAUCUUGAAGCUUGUGGCACAGAACCCCACUAGUCUACCUCCAGUACUGAACGAUAGAAAUCUCUCAGCAGACCCCCAGCCAUCAGGCCUGAAUACAGUGCCGCAACUUGAUCAGAGAGCAUUAGACCUAUCAUCAGUACCAAGCUCAAAAACUGCACCCAUUCAAGCAGCGACGGGACCAUUCACUUUGCCGAAGAUUGUAUUACAGUCUUUUGCGAUGGCUGAUCCUGUUGCAAAGCUUCAGCUUACAAGUCUUGAAAAGACUCCUCUGCCAAGUUCCCCUCAAGCCUCAGAGUCUGCAGUAAACUCACUGGAUGUUACCUUAGAUGCACAAGACGAAGAGGCAGGAACAGAAACGGGUGACUCCGUAAAGAUCUGCGAAGAAACUGAGAAAUCUUUGGGGUCUGAGGAAUCGAAUGAGGAGAACCCAAGUUCAUCCCCACCAGUCAAUAAGAACUGCAUCCAAAAUAUUACUGUGACCGAGUCAGAAAAAGACAAACCGGCUGCUGAAGGUUUGGUGAAAUUGAGGAAAAAGAGGGCAAAACGUGAUGUGAUCAUAGAGGAUGCCUUGUCUAACCCUGAUGCCUUAGGGCCCAGAAUGCUUAGGAACAGAUCUCCUGCUACCAACAGAAUGUCCACAAGGAGUACCCCAAAGAAAAAAAGGUAGAGGGUUACUUAGAAGUGCGGUGGCAUGUGAACUUUGCUAAACUGCGGCUUGUCCUUGUUCCUAAAUACAUGCCUGAUGUAUUUUUGAUGCAUUUCUGGGGCUAAAGAGGGAUUGCAAUGAACUGUUCUCAGAAAUCCUGUAUUUGUUCCUGCUCACAAAUCCAAAGAUAAGGAUAAAAGGAUCGAUACCUCUCAUUUGAUGGCUGUGCCUAGUCCAUCAAUAAUGUACUGUUUAUCUUGCCCCCUCUUGAGAAUGCUGCACGUUUGACUGAGCUGAGGAUUUCUUAAAGAAUACAAACAGUAUUUGAACAAAACAUUAAAUUAAUGUCUGAAUACAUGUUAUCAUUUGGUAAUAGUCCAAUGAAUCCCAUAUUGGGGUAAUGUUAUUAAUAAGCAACUUAGUUUUGUAUGUUCUCUAUUAUGUACUGCAUUGUUCAUAGAUUUGCAUUUGCUAAUCGGGAUUUCAGGGAGUAGAUUAGUUUACACUGUAUAUACAUUUUUCAAUCAUGUUUUUUACUGUGUUGAUUUUCUAAAUCAGUUAACCUUUGUCAGGAUAAAUGAAACCAUCUUCAAAAGUCAUGUCUCAUGACUGGAAAAAAACAAUUACUGUUUUCAAUAAAGCAUGCAAAGGAAAAAAUGUGCAAAAUGAACAAUUUCAUAAAAACAUCCCAGUUUUUUUUAAUGAACGUUAUACUGUGAUACCUGUUCUGUUGUUUAUUAAGUAGAUUAACUUUUUCACGUUAGUGUGUAUUUUUUUUUUGUUUGUUUGUUUUUUUGUAUAACAACUUGUUGGGCAGCAUUUUAUUUCAGUAAUAAAAUGCAUGGAUGUCAAAUAGACUUGCCUGUGUUUAGGAAAAUAUACACUGUCAAAUGAUAUUGUUCUCCUGAACUCGGUGAUGUUGAUCAAGGAAUGGACAGUUACAGCUGAAUAAAAGAAUGCAUGGUUCGCCUGACUGCAUUGUACAUGAAAAUGUGAAGGCCAGCUGUGUAUGUGAAUAAAGCCUGUGAGUUGUGAGGAGCAGUCUGUCCCAAAUUAAA